CUGAUUUCCCAAUGAAAAGAUAUUGAUUUCAGGUGACACGAAAAAAGUUCCGCCAGCAGGCAGUAGGUGGAAGCUGUGGUAAAGAGUGCCCACUAGACUGGAGUGUAGCUGUUACCGACUGUUGGUGGAGGAGCACUGCCGAGUCACCUUGAGACAUUGAGCCAACUUUCUGAAGGACCUGGAAAGAAAUUUCCUCUGAAUCCUGAAGCCCAAGUAAAAUGGAGUUUACUGCCCACACUUUCUUUGGAUGCUUUUCUAUAAUAUUUUUCCUGGUGAUACAAACAGCAAUUUCAGAACUAUUUACUGUGGAUAGUCCUGUUGGACCUAUGGUGGCCCUACUGGGUGAAGAAGUAAAGCUGCAUUGCUACAUCUCCCCAGCACAAAAUGCAGAGCACAUGGAGAUAUAUUGGUACCAUAAAUCCUUCACCAAACCUCUUCAACUGUACAAAAGGGGCAAUGACCCCUACAGAGAAACCAGCUUGGAUAACAUCAAACGAACAGAAAUCUUGAAGGAAGACAUUGGAAAGGGCAACAUAACUCUCAGGAUCCAAAAUGUCAGUGUAUCUGAUGGUGGAAAGUACCGCUGUUUGUUUAAAGAUGGUAACUUUAGUAAAGAAGCUGUGCAGGAACUGAAGGUGCUUGCUCCAGACUUGGAUUUAGAAAUUCAAGUAAAAAUCAAUAGAUUACACGGGAUCCAGAUUAAAUGUUCCUCAGGAGGAUGGUUCCCGCAGCCUCAGAUGCAGUGGGUUAACAGCAGAGGAGAAUUAAUUCCACUUUCAUCAAAAUCUGAGACACAGGAUGAAGCUGGUCUAUUCCAUAUGCAUAUUACUCUUUUCCUUGAAAAGUCCCAGGGAAUGAUCACAUGCUGGCUUCAGCAUCCAGUAACUGGCCAAGAGAAAAGGACAAGCAUUCAGAUGGCAGAUAUUCUAAUCCAGCAGCAUCAUUUUCAGAAGGAAGUUACUUAUACUAGUAUUAUUUCUUUGUCUGUGGUCUACGGGGUUUCAGUCAUCCUGUUUUUAAUUGCUUAUUGGAAUUACAAAUAUAGAGGAAUAUCAAUUUUAAAAGGUUCCCUGUUCUCAAUGACAAAGGUUUGCAUGAUGCGUAUUUUACCAGAAAUAUUUACAAGUAUGUUUACUAUAAGCAUCUUAAUUUUAUCACCACAUAUUUGGUUAAGAAAACUUUUCUUAAACAGAUAAUAUGGGUACUCUGGGGGGGAUGGGGAGUUGUAUCUGUCUUAUUUUAAAGUCUUCUGAUUUGUUUAUCAAUGUUAUGCGAUUCCUUUCCUUAGAUAAUUAUAAAUGCAGAAAAAAACAUCAAACUGAGUGGCAUUUCAGAGAUAUUCUCCUUCCAUAUUCUUUGUUGAAUUCUAGGUAUCAGCCAGAUUCUCACAUUGCUUGGGACUACUUUGAAUAAAAUUUCAUUUCU